ACGGGCUCGACAGAUAGCGUACUGACAACCCCUACGUCAGCUGGUGGAAAAAGCGAGAGAAACUACAACCAUCUUUUUCUGGCCCAAGCACUUUGGGAUCAACAUAUAAUUUCAUCCAUAGGACGACAAACGGAGACGAAUGCAUCACUUGUUUGCGGGAACUAAACAGAAGGAAUUGGGUGUUUCAGGCGAAAUGUAAUGUAAUGAUCCAAUGAAGCUGCUCUAAUUUGUUGCGGGUAUCGUCCCCUCAAAAGACGAGCCUUGUUGAAGUACACAAGGAACGGGCUAAUGGCUAAGGGCUUAAUGUAGGGACAACCGGUCUAAUGACCCGCUGUACAGCGACAACUGUGUUAUCUACGUCUAUUGCUAAUGUAGCAAGCUAAGUUACGCUCGGGUACAACGGACACAAUUGCUUCAAAGUUUGUUUUGAUUGAGACCCCUCCCCCAAAGUCGAAGCCUUGUUGACGAAGGGCACCAAGUAAAUGAAGUGAAGACCAAUGGGCGAAUGAGAAUUCUAAACCAACGUCAUGGAACUAAUGUUUGCCGAGUGGGAAGAAGGGGAGAGAUUCUCAUUUGAAGACUCUGACCGCUUUGAAGAGGACUCUCUGUGUUCCUUUAUUUCAGAGGCUGAAAGCCUCUGUCAGAACUGGAGGGGAUGGAGGAAGCAAUCAGCUGGACCUGCGUCUCCUUCUGUGAAGACGAAAGAUGGUCAGGUUAUUCCACUGGUGGAGUUGUCAGCCAAACAAGUAGCCUUUCAUAUUCCUUUUGAGGUGGUGGAAAAGGUUUAUCCACCUGUACCAGAACAACUCCAGCUUCGAAUUGCAUACUGGAGCUUCCCUGAAAAUGAGGAAGAUAUCAGGUUGUAUUCGUGCCUAGCAAACGGAAGUCCAGAUGAGUUUCAACGUGGUGAGCAGUUGCAUCGGAUCAGAGCUGUGAAAGACCCUCUGCAAAUUGGGUUCCAUCUCAGUGCUACAGUUGUCCCCAGUCAGUCUGGACAAUCAAAAGGCUCCUACAAUGUGGCCGUCAUGUUUGAUCGCUGCCGUAUCACCUCCUGCAGUUGUACAUGUGGUGCUGGGGCAAAAUGGUGUGCCCAUGUGGUGGCACUGUGUCUCUUCAGGAUCCACAAUGCAUCAUCUGUUUGUUUGAGGGCCCCAGUGUCAGAGUCUUUAUCCAGGCUGCAGAGAGAUCAGCUUCAAAAAUUUGCCCAGUAUCUCAUUAGUGAGCUUCCUCAACAGAUUCUACCUACAGCCCAACGACUGCUUGAUGAGUUGUUAUCCUCUCAGUCCACAGCAAUCAAUACUUUGUGUGGCGCUCCAGACCCCACAGCUGGACCUUCAGCCACUGAUCAGAGCACCUGGUAUUUGGAUGAAUCGACCCUCAGUGACAACAUAAAAAAGACACUGCAUAAAUUCUGUGGGCCUUCACCUGUUGUCUUCAGUGAUGUAAAUUCCAUGUAUCUGUCGUCCACUGAGCCACCAGCUGCUGCUGAAUGGGCCUGUCUGCUAAGACCUUUACGAGGCCGAGAGCCGGAAGGCAUUUGGAAUCUGCUAUCGAUUGUCAGGGAGAUGUUCAAGAGAAGAGACAGCAAUGCUGCCCCACUUCUGGAGAUUCUCACUGAGCAGUGUUUGACAUAUGAUCAGAUCAUCAGCUGGUGGUAUAGUGUUCGAACAUCUGCAUCACACAGCAGUGCCAGUGGACACACUGGACGGAGCAACGGUCAAUCGGAGGUAGCAGCUCAUGCCUGUGCCAGCAUUUGCGAUGAAAUGGUGAUAUUGUGGAAGCUAGCAGUGCUAGACCCCACUAUGAGCCCCUGCAGGCGUCUGGAACUCGCACGUCACCUGAAGAGCUGGCACCUUAAAGUUAUAGAGAUAGUGAAACGUGGGCAACAUCGCAAAUCCCUUGACAAGCUUUUCCAGGGCUUCAAACCUGCUGUGGAGUCCUGUUACUUCAACUGGCAGAUAGCUUACCCUCUGGAGGGCAUCACGUACUGUAGUGCUGAAAGGAAGACUGCAGCGUUCUGUUGGCCAAAGGGAAUGCAGAAACAAAGAACAUCUGCAGGAGGAGUCGGGGAAUCUACUGAACCAGGAGGAGCAAGUUUUAAAGCAAGAGGAAGCAGCCAAUCAUUACAGGAAGAAGUUGUAGUGAGGCCAAAGGAGACCAACUUAACCAAAAAGAAGGCUUUCUCAGUGAAUGGCGGAGGGACUAUGUUGGUCCGUCUGGGAGGUGGUCUGUCACUGUCUCUCGAAGAUGCAGGAGGGAAGUGUUUUUACAAAGGACCAAAUAGUACCUCUGGAGGGAAAAUGAAACUCAUAAAAGGUUUUGGGAAGGGAGGGAUUUUAGGAGGAUGUAAGCAUGUCAAUACCAAACGGAGAACCAGCAGUGAAGAUAGCUCUCUGGAGCCAGACUUUGCUGAACUCUACCUUGAUGAUGGAUAUAGUUUGGCACUGGGGGCCGAGGCAAGCAACACAUUUGAAUUCAUUCCACCAGCACCAGAAAUUUUUCCUUCUUCUAGUUCACUGCUACAAGAGUCAUGCAAUAAUGCAUGCAGGAGUAGUAGGAGCAAGAUAUUGGAUCGUAAACAUAUUCAUCAGGCCGGGAGUGUCUCUCAUUCUGUAGAGACUGUGCCGCCCACCAUGUCUUUCACGGAGACUGAAACGGGUGUGAUUGAUGCUUGCAGUAGAUUAGAACAGGAGACGGCCUCCGAAAAAGACAAAGAUGUGAAGUCUGUUAACAAUUGCCAACCAUUAUACAGUUCAUGCAAUACUACAGUUUCAACCAAGCUUUCCCAAGGCAUUGAGGAGGAAACAUGUGGGGCAGCAGCAUCAGAUAUUCCAGUUGUUUGUGGAAUUGCUCAACAAAAAGCAGAACAUGCAUUAGGACAAGUUGUGUGUGAGGAUGACUACCAGGUUUACCACCUGAGCCCAGCUUCAGUAGAGGGAACAGAUCAACAGCUGGUUGAUAUCCAUCAAGAAGAGCCAGACAUAUUUGCAGGGAUCAAACCACUAGAGCAGGAGGGGCGCAUGGAAGUGCUGUUUGCAUGUGCUGAGGCGCUGCAUGCUCAUGGAUACAACAACGAGGCAUGUCAACUUGCUGUUGAUUUAGCAAAUGAGCUACUGGCGAACCCUCCAGACCUAAAAGUGGAACAGCCGCAGACAAAGGGUAAGAAGAAUAAAGUGUCAACAGGCCGUCAGACUCAGGUUGCCACCCACACAUUGUCGAAAGCAGCCUUCCUCCUCACUGUCCUCAGUGAUCGAGUUGAACUCCAUAAUCUGGCCUUCAACACCGGCAUGUUCUCCUUGGAACUCCAGAGACCACCAGCAUCUACUAAAGCUUUAGAGGUGAAGCUGGCUUACCAAGAGUCAGAUAUUGUGGCUCUGUUGAAGAAACUUCCAAUGGGUCUUGUGGAAAUGUCCAUCAUCAGAGAACGAGCCCGGCAGCUCAGAGAUGGAAACUACUGUGGUUACAGACCUGUCCUUCCUCUCAUGUUGGCCAGCUUUAUUUUUGAUGUCCUCUGCACCCCAGUCGUUUCUCCAACUGGCUCCAGCCCAAUGAACCGGAAGCACAGCAGUGAAAUGCCUGGUGAUGAAGAGCUUGGUUUUGGAGCAGCUGUUUCAGCACUUGGGAUGAAGACCACAGUAAGUGAAGCAGAGCAUCCUCUGCUUUGUGAAGGAACAAGACGGGUUAAGGGAGAUCUUGCUCUGGCACUCAUGAUAACAUAUAAAGAUGACCAGAGCAAGCUGAAGAAGAUACUUGACAAAUUACUAGACAGAGAGAGUCAGACCCACAAACCUCAGACCCUUAGCUCCUUCUACUCUAUUAAGCCUGGAACUAGCAGCCAACGCACUCCAUCAAAACAUGGCCCCACAUCUUCAUCUGCAACAUCUUUGGUGACCUCUUCCUCCACCUCCUCAGCUGCUGUGGUAUUGGCUUGUGAAGAACUGACUGAACCAAAAUUGGUUCAGAACACCACAGCAGGGCAGAGUACUUCGGAUUGCGGUGAGCAAUUUUCGGGAGGCAAUCGCAGUGACUAUCAAAACGAAUCAACCACAUUUAAGAUUGACAACACUGUUCCAAGCCGGUUGGCGCUUGGGACACGCUGUGGCUACAGCCAACGCUGCUGGGGAUCUCCUGCACGACAGAAGAAGAAACACACUGGUAACACUCUGACAGGCAUGGCAAGUAUUGACAGCAGUGCACCAGAGACAACGUCAGACAGUUCUCCCACUCUAAGCCGGCGGCCCUUACGAAGUGGCUGGGCAGCAACAUCAUGGGGUCGAGGCCAGGAUAGUGACAGCAUCAGUAGCUCAUCUUCAGAUUCACUGGGAUCUUCCUCCUCUAGUGGAUCUCACCAAGCAGGUGGGGGCGCAAGGGCCAAAAGCACAGACACGAGCAGGUACAAGGGACGUCGUCCAGAGUGUCAUGUGCCUCAUGUGCCCAACCAACCAUCGGAGGCUGCGGCCCACUUUUACUUUGAGUUAGCCAAAACAGUGCUCAUCAAAGCAGGAGGAAACUCAUCUACCUCCAUUUUCACCCAGCCCUCUGCUAGUGGGGCUCACCAGGGACCUCACAGAAACCUGCAUCUGUGUGCCUUUGAGAUCGGCCUUUAUGCUCUUGGGCUCCACAACUUUGUCUCUCCCAACUGGCUAUCAAGAACCUACUCCUCUCAUGUAUCCUGGAUUACUGGUCAAGCAAUGGAGAUUGGCAGCGCUGCCCUCAACAUUUUGAUGGAGUGUUGGGAUGGUCACCUCACACCACCAGAAGUAGCAUCACUGGCUGACCGCGCAUCACGGGCAAGGGACGUCAACAUGGUCCGUGCAGCUGCUGAACUGGCUCUGAGCUGCCUGCCUCAUGCACAUGCUUUAAAUCCUAAUGAAAUCCAGAGGGCCUUGGUACAGUGCAAAGAACAGGACAACAUGAUGCUAGAAAAAGCGUGUAUGGCAGUAGAGGAAGCAGCUAAAGGUGGAGGUGUUUAUCCUGAGGUCUUGUUUGAGGUUGCUCAUCAGUGGUAUUGGCUGUAUGAGCAUUCACUCCUCGGAAGCUUGAACCAGCAAAGGGAGACCUCUGGACGGUGUGGGGCCAAUGGAAGUGUAAAUAGAAGACCACAAGAGACCAGCUGUGGCGUUUUUGAUCGUGGAACCAUUGUGGAGACGACUGGGGUAGCAGUCACAGCAGCGGCUGUUGUACCUGUUAUCUCUAUGGGCUCUAACAUGUACCAGUCCCAGGGUAUGUCUGGCCAGGUAAUGGCACAUCCUCAUGCCCAUGGCCUUCACCCCUAUGCGAUCCAGGCCCAUUUGCCCGCAGUUUGUGCCACUCAAUACUUGAGUCAUCCUCUGCAGCACGCAGCCAGACCUGCUGUCUUUCCUGUCUCAGGAAGUGCUUAUCCACAGGGUAUGCAUCCAGGCUUUAUUGGUGCCCAGUACCCCUUUUCACUGACUACUGGCUCCUCACCUUCCAUGACAGCCACUGCUGUGACCUUCCCGACGGUCCCUGUGCCAACCAUGACGCAGAUUUCGUAUCCCUACCAUUCUGAGACCAGUCUACCAGUCAACACCACUGUAGCAGUUGGCAGCAUCCACACUGGUGCCACCUUACAGGCCAUUCAGGCUUCCAGUCUCUCCUCCCAGCCCAGUUCAGUGGUCAGCACUUCCUUUCCAGUAGAGGAGGAACAGCACCAUCAGCUUAUUAACCAACAGGGCAUGCAUGAUCUCCAUUCUGCCUAUAGAGUUGGGAUGCUAGCGUUGGAGAUGCUGGGAAGGAGAGCUCAUAAUGAUCACCCAAACAACUUUUCCCGAAGUCCACCUUACACCGAAGACGUUAAAUGGCUUCUGGGACUUGCUUCAAGGCUGGGAGUCAACUACGUGUACCAAUUCUGUGUGGGAGCAGCUAAAGGCGUCCUCAGUCCAUUUGUUCUACAGGAGAUCAUCAUGGAGGCUCUACAGAGGCUGAAUCCUGCUCACAUUCACGCCCACCUCCGAACACCUGCCUUCCACCAACUUGUUCAGCGGUGCCAACAGUCCUUUCUGCAAUAUAUCCAUCACAGACUCAUCCACUUAACACCUGCCGACUAUGAUGACUUUGUCAACAUCAUCCGCAGUGCUAGAGGUGCUUUUUGUCUCACGCCAGUGGGAGUUAUGCAGUUAAACGAUAUACUUCAGAACCUGAAGAGAGGCAAACAGACAAAGGAGCUAUGGCAUCGCAUUUCCCUAGAGAUGGCAACGUUUUCGCCUUGAAUAACCUUGUCUGGAGUAAUCCAUGAAGCAACAAUACUGCCACUGACUGGACUGAGCCAGCCACAGUUCGACUUCUUUUUGUCAGAAAUAUUGCUUCCACCCCACCAACACCAGCAACAAUGUAGAAACACGUACAGCGCACAGGUUCACUACCAGUUGCUGUUUUCUAUGUCUGGUAAAACGUGUCUAUUAAAUAUUAAUGUGAUAUUUCAUUAUUGUUUUCUGAUUCAUCUGAAAAAAAGCUUGAUCUUAUUUUAGUAUUUGGUCAUUCUCCGGAAAAGUGCUGGGUCUAUCCUGUUUUACAGUCAAGAUCGUUGUUCCUGUUCCACAGAAAAUGUAUAAAUAUGUUUGAAUUACUAAAUAGUCAUGCUUAAAAAAAUUCAGAAAC